UAAAGCGCGUCGGUCGGCCGUCGUAAAAAAAAGACUAGACAAGCCGAGCGGCAGUUGGCAGAGCCCUUAGCAACGGGGCCCGGAGGCGAUCCGGCCUUAGCAACGGGUGGCGAGCAUGGCGGAGGAGGUAGCGGCGAAGGGCGAGGAGGCGCCGGGCCAGACCGUGUCGCGGCUGCUGUGCUGCCUGGAGACGGCGUCGUCCUCGCGGGCGGCCCGCCUGGAGGCCUUGGCGGGGCUGCGGGCAGCGCUGGUGGAGCGGGAGAUGCCGGCGGAGGUGCUGCAGGAGCUCUUCGCCCGGCAACUGCUGCGCCCGCUGACGCGCUGCUUGCUGGCCGACCCGGCCGAGCGCUGCCGGGAGCUGGCCCUCGAGCUGCUCCGCCACGGCCUGGCCCACGGCGCGCAGCCCGACCUGGCGCUACCCGUCCUCAUGCCGGCCCUGGCCCAGCGCCUUUGCGAGGCGGCCCCCGGCGCCGGCGACGCCCGCGAGGCUUGCGAGGAGCUCCGCCUCGGCCUGCUGCGCCUCCUCGGCCUCCUCCUCCAGCUCUGCCCCGGCGCCGCCCUGGCCCCGUACCUGCCCGAGGUGGUGCGCGUACUCCGCGCCUCCCUGCGCGACUCCUUCCCCGAGGCCAAGCGGGAGGCCUGCGCCGCGGCCGUCCAAGCCGCCAAGGCCAUGCCAGAACAUUUUCACAUGCAGUCGGAAAGCUUGAUCAGCCCCUUAAUGCAGGCCAUUUCCCACCAGCACUUCCGAGUUCGUGUCUCUGUGAUUCAGGCCACGGGAGCUGUGAUUCAAUUUGGCAAUGUGAAGUCUUUGGAUGAUGUGCUUUCUCAUUUAGCCCAGCGAUGUUUUGACAGUAUCCCACAGGUUAGGGAAGCUGUGAUCUCUGUCAUGGGGGAGUGGCUACUGCACUUACGGGAUAGAUACUCUUACUUUCACAAGUUAAUCCCCCUGCUGCUCAGUGGCCUUGCUGAUGAAAUGCACGAGAACAGGGAACUGGCUUUGAGUUACUGGAAGAAAGUAGGUUUGCAGUGGGAAAAAGAAAAUGAAGAUGACAUUAAGGAUAAACUGGACUUCUAUAGUACGCCGCCUUAUUAUCCUCAAGGAUUGGCUCGACCAGGGCUGGGCUGUCGGGAGUUGGUGACGAGAGACCUCUUCAGAAUCCUACCCGGCCUCUGCCACGAUUUGACCGACUGGGUUACUGACACCAGAGUCAAAGCAUCUCGGCUUCUCUUCAUCCUGUUGCAGCACGCAGAGGACCACAUCACUCAGCACAUGGAGCUCCUCCUCAGGACUUUGUACCGUGCAUGCUUAGAUGAGGAGGUCCUUGUGGGGAGGGAAUGCUUGAAAGCAGCGGAGUUGAUCGGCACCUUUGUCAGCCCUGCAGUGUCCCUGAAGUUAAUUGUUUCGGACCUCAAGAAAGCACCCCUGCCUUCUCACCUGAUGGUUCUCUCUGCUGUGAUUCGUGGUUCUCCAAGAAAGGUCUUGCAGCCUCAGCUGGUGUACCUGGCAGACACCCUCUCCCACCCACAUGUCAGUCAGUGCACUGCAGAGGUCUCUUACCUGGAGCAGUUGCUUGGCUGUGUGGAAGCUUUCCUUGAAGCAUGCCAAGAAGACUGUAAAGAAAUCAGCCUGCAGUUGACAAAAAUACUGGUAACCAUCAUGGCAAUACCAGUUGCUGGGCAUCUUCAUGAACAGCUAGAAGAUACCAUGAAAUCACUGGCAGAGGUGCAGGGCUUGGCUGGUUUGGUGGGCCUGUACCGACAACACAUUGCUCAGCUUAUGGAAUGGGUCUCUUCAGCCCCUGACACCUGGACCUGCUACUCUUCUGAGUUGCUGCAGUUAGAUGUAAUUGCCACUCAUUCAGGUCCUGCAAUAGGAGAAGCCCUUCAAGAACUGUUUCUCAUUCUUAAAACGUGCCUUCAGACAUCCAAAGACCCCUUGAUGCGUUUGAAGCUGUUCUCUACUUUUUCCCAAUUGCUUCAAGAAUCAAACAAAACUGUCAAUUCUCAAGGGCAGUUUUGUAACUACCUUGAGAUUGUGAUAAAAGACAUCCUGGCUCCUAAUCUUCAGUGGCAAGGGGGAAGAACAGCAGCUGCCAUCCGCACAACUGCCGUGUCCUGCCUCUGGGCUCUUAUUUACAGUGAGCUACUUUCUCCAGAAGAGAUUCUGAAAGUUGAACAUUUGCUGCUGCCAAUGAUCCUUGCCACGUUGGAUGAAGAUUCCAAAAUGACUCGCUCGCUCUCCUGUCAAAUAACCAGUGUUUUUUUGAAUGUCAAUGGGAAGCAGUUUCAACCUGACCAGCUCUCCACAAUUUAUCCUGAACUGCUAAAGCGUUUGGAUGAUGCAUCUCACGACGUCCGACUAGAAGCCGCAAAAGCCCUGGUCAACUGGUUCAAAUGUAUCGACGAUGACAAGAAAGCCCUGUUGAAAACAAACAUAGAGUUUCUGUACCAGGAAUUGUUGGUUGAACUUGAUGACCCCAACCAAAACAUUCAGUUGGCUGUCUUGGAUAUUUUGAAAGAAGGAGGGCUUCUCUAUCCAGACCUUUUGGCCAAAGAAAUCAAGGCUGUGCUGCACAAACAUCGUUCUCCAGCCUUCCUCAACCAGCUCCUCCUACACAUUGAAUCUACCGGUUGGCGAUAUUCGGAAUCCUAAACAUUGCUCUUUGGCAAUGUAUACACUCUGUUUUAUAUUAAGAAUUGAGAAUCAUUACCGCAGAAUUGUUGACCUUUCCAUAAAUGGACUAUUUUAAGCUA